GCGCUGCCGCUGAGCGGAAACACGAGCUGAUUUUUCUCCGUGACAUUUCGGUUUACUACUUUCCUUUGACGUGGUAAUUCCUUAUAAAGACACUCGUGUUGGCGCCACUCGAGUCGCCACUCGUUUGGAGCGUUUUCUCUGUUUACUGUUUCGAGACGCUGAUACAGCUCUUUUCCUCAUCCUCUUGAAUGUUGAUGGAGUUCUUGCAGGGCAGCGGUGACUACUGCCACGCCCAACAUCGUAAGGCCUGAACCCAGGUGACACUGCUCUGUCUUUGCCCGCUGAACACAAACGCCUUCACUGCCUGGCUCGCUCCGGCCCUAUUGACUCCUGAUCUCACUAAACACCAGAUGGGUUAAGGGGAGCUGUGGCUCAGGGCUACUGGACAGUGCUCCACCCUGCUCCGGCCCAUGUCUGAUCCUACUAGCGUAUCGGAGAAACAGGCAACUGUUUUUAUUCAUACUGAUAGAUAGCAGGAGCCUCCUGAGGUGUUCAUCGGUGACAGAAGAGUGAGAGUAGCACUGUCAAUCAGACAGAUAGUGUAGGGCUGCUAGUGGGUGUGUUUUACCCACAGGACGCUGGCUCAGCCCACAGUGUGGCUGGCUCUCAGACAUGGCCAGGAUGAACCGACCGGCCCCUGUUGAAGUCUGCUACAAAAACAUGCGCUUUCUGAUCACACACAAUCCAACCAAUGCCACUCUGAGCUCCUUUAUAGAGGAUCUGAAGAAGUAUGGUGCAACCACAGUGGUGCGAGUGUGUGAAGUAACAUAUGACAAGACACCACUGGAGAAAGAUGGCAUCACAGUCAUGGACUGGCCAUUUGAUGAUGGAGCUCCUCCUCCCACAAAGAUUGUGGAUGACUGGCUUUCGCUGCUAAAGAAUAAGUUCUGUGAGGACCCCGGCAGCUGUGUGGCUGUGCACUGCGUGGCCGGACUUGGCCGAGCUCCAGUUCUGGUGGCCCUGGCGCUGAUAGAGAGUGGAAUGAAGUAUGAAGAUGCCAUUCAAUUCAUCAGACAAAAACGUCGGGGUGCCAUUAACAGCAAGCAGCUGACCUAUCUAGAGAAGUAUAGGCCUAAGCAGAGACUGCGCUUUAAAGACCCACACAACCACAAGAACAAGUGCUGCCUCAUGUGAGCAAGUCUCAGCCCAUCUGCCACUGAAAGAAUUAAUGAAUAUUUUGUGGAUGGAACAGGACUAAUGCCACAAACCCAGCGCAUUUGGAUUGUUUAACUUCUACUAUUUGGGAGGACUUGACCCCUCCUUAAUCUAUGUGAGACCCGUAAGUGUAAGGGCUUUGUGAACUCAGGGCUGUGAAAGACAAGCCUCUUUAUAUUUGUCUUGAUCCUCACAAAUGGUGUUACAUGUAUAUUUACACAAAAGCACACACACACACAAUACGUGCAGUAUAUAAACAACCAGCAAGACAAGUCUGCAGCACACACUCCAAAGAUAAUCUUCUGCUCCCUUUGGUAGGGCAAACAUGAAUGAACUUAUGGAAGAUUGCUACCAAAAUUGCUUGUUUAUGUCUUAUUAAUCUUGUACAGUUUUAACUAAGGCACAGCUUUUCUCUUUCCCUUUCUUUUAUGUAAUUUUAUUUCAAGGCUUGGCUUUCUAGUCCUAUUUUUCUGAAAAUCACAAAUGGGUUUGGCAGAGAAUGAUUUCUUAUAUAUUUUACAUUGUGAUAUGAACUACUCUGGGAUUAGAACACUGCACAACUAGGACUGUGUAUGAGAGUGGGAUGAAUAGAUGGUAAGAAGCACACUUUACUGGGUAGUUUUCAUUAGCACACCUUUGUUAAAAUUAGGCAAGAUUUACAACAAGCUGGUUGGCAAACAGUUAAAAGCUCCAUUUCAACCCUGCUUGUGACCUCCCGUGUUUUUUUUUUGUUUUUUUUUUUUAAAUGUAAUGGUAAUGUACUGCAAGUGUCUUUUCAACUCUUGGAUACAGUUAUAUACAUUACCAUGGAAAUAGGAAGCAAAUAAAUCCAGAAAUGUGUAAUAGGAUAAAGCCCCUUUUGGGGCUGAAUGAUCCAGGUACUGAAACAUGAUUCAGGUUCUGGAACAUAAGAAUUAUGAAUUAAUACAUUUUUCUGUCUUCUAUGUCAGAAGCACAUCUAAUUUUAUUCACAAUCAGUGACAUUGAAGUAAUAAAGUAAUUUUUUAAAAAUGUGA